AUGGAAGCCAUCAGCUCAGCGAAUGCCACGCCGGACGAGCUCCUCGGCUACCAGGACUUUGGCCCGGGCGCCGUCUCCGAAGGGGUCGACUUCCCAGAAGACCCCAUCCGACUGCUGAGCGUUCAGGUGGUGUUGAUUCUAGCGUACAGCACCAUCAUCGUGCUGGGGGUUCUGGGUAAUUCCCUGGUCAUCUACGUGAUCUACCGCUUCAAGACGCUACGCACCGUCACCAACUUCUUUAUUGCUAACCUCGCCGUUGCCGACCUGCUGGUCAACACGCUGUGCCUCCCCUUCACCCUGGUCUACACCCUGCAGGGAGCCUGGAAGUUCGGCAGCACGCUUUGCUUCCUGCUGCCGUACGCUCAGGGCCUCGCCGUCCACGUCUCCACGGUGACGCUCAACGUCAUCGCCCUGGACCGACACAGGUGCAUCGUGUACCAUCUGGAGACCAGGAUGAGGAAGGACGUCUGCUUCGGAGUGAUCGCUCUCACCUGGCUGCUGAGCGCCGUGCUGGCCAGUCCGCUGGCCAUCUUCAGAGAGUACGGCUCCUUCACUCUGGGGCCAGGACACACCAUCCAGGUGUGCACGGAGAAGUGGCCCGGCACCAACACGGGCGGUACCGUCUACAGCAUCUCCAUGCUGCUGCUGCAGUACUUCCUGCCGCUCGCCAUCAUCUCCUUCGCCUACGCCCGCAUCUGGUCCAAACUGCGCGGCCACGUGGGUCCGGCCGAGGCCGCCGGCUCCGAGCGCCACCGCCGCCGCCGCAAGACCACCAAGAUGCUGGUGACCAUGGUGGUGGUGUUCGCCGUCAGCUGGCUGCCGUUCCACGCCUUCCAGCUGGCCACCGACAUCGACAGCUCGGUGCUGAACCUGCCGCACUUCCGCCUGCUCUACACCGUCUUCCACGUGGUCGCCAUGUGCUCCACCUUCGCCAACCCGCUGCUGUACGGCUGGAUGAACCGCAACUACCGCACCGCCUUCCUCGCCGUCUUCAAGUGCCGGCGUGGUGGGGAAAGGGGGCGGGGCGGCCGACUGGACAGCAUCCACCCGGUGGGUGGAGGAGAAGGAGGAGGAGGAGGAGGAGGAGGAGGAGGGAGGUCGAAGACAAUGGUUCUGGAAUCGCAGGACGUGGUGUCGGCGCGCCUGAACGCCACCGAUGUCUGA